AUGGCCGUUGCGCUGCAGUGGGGGCUGGAGACCACCGCAAACGGGGGUCUCUCGUUUUCUCGAGGGCUCAUACAGGCCGCCACGACGGACAAUGUGCAGCCGAUAGCCUUGAUUGCCUGCGAAAGGUUUGGCAACACAAGUGCCAUGUGCCAGGAGACAUGUCUCAAAAUCGAAACCUUGGUUCUCCCAACCCCUCAGCCAGCCGUCAUCAAAUUCAUCCGGAGCACCGUAGGGUAUUCUCGAAAUGACUCCGCAAGUCAUCUAGGCACUUCUUUGGCCGGUAUCCAGUUCCUUGGUCUUGCAGCAGCCCUCGCGACUUUUGGCCCAUUCGACGCUGCAACGGCCAUCUCACGGAUGCUGAAAAAUACCACUACUGAUAAGACCCUGCUUCCGACAGUCAGACAACUGAGGGACUUGCUAUCGAGCUUAGACGGAAGAUUAACCCGUUCCAACUUUGCCGACUCUAUCGUUGGUUGGCACACGUGGAUGCUGUGUCAAACCCAGGGCAUCGAUGCCGACCGCAGGAACAUCCUCGAACGCGCCAAAUCAUACCCUUCUACUGAAGCAAUCGAGAAACUCGUUGAUGCUUUUCGCCAACUCGGUAGAAUUGGGGAAUCCACGGUUGCGAAAGUUACUAUCCAGGUCACAUCCAGCGCGCCAUGGGUUGUCGCAUUCACUAAGUGGUGCCUCGGGGCCCUCCCGUCAGUUUUCUUAGAAGAUGGCACACCGGUACUCGAUCAACCAGGCUCCAGCGUAACCAUUGUUGCCGACACCUUGUCUCCGAUACAUGAUAAGUUCGUCAUCACGAUCCAUCAUAGCAUCGGAAACCCGGAGGAACUUAUUGCCCAGGCCAGCACCAAAUCAUGGACCGGCAUGGUAACAAUCGAGAGAUGCGGUCAGUGGAUGCUUCAGGAGUACAGCCUCAGUCGUGAAAAAGACCUCCAUGUUCUCCAAGUAAUCCUUCCCUACGCAGCAAAGGCAUGUUUAGACCAGUUCAUAUUCUGCCCUAGUUCGAUGUGUGUCCACAUAUGGGCAACUGGGCUCGAAGGGGAAGCCGAGCUUCGUACAACGCCUUUUCGUGGUGACCACUCAGUCGCGAAGAUCUUGUCCCGUAUGCUGAAUAUUGAAACAACCGUGGAGCUAAAGAAGCUUGCUGAAGGUUGUUCCGUCAAUGAGCUGCCGUUAUUACAGUCAUAUCUCACCUCGCCCGAGAAUGCAUGUGGCUGCGAUAAGUGUGUCGGCGGUGUGAUGAAGGGCAAAUGCCGAAAAGAGAGUUUUAUCGACAAGAUUGCUUUUUUCAUUUGCGACAUUCUUGCCUUGUCCCUGUUCCACUGCUCAGAGGAUCUGCUCGUUCGCAUCGACAAUGACAGACCAUGGGCCAGCGGCCCAUACUAUGACGAUUUCUACGACGCUGUCCGAUCUGUUUUUACACGAGCGGCUCCCCUCCACCAUGAGGAAAUGUUGAAUUGCCAUAUUAAAUAUCUUGUCGAUUGGACUUUAGAGAUAUUGGGGCACAGCGCGGUGACCGCCAGAGACAAGGUCGCCGGAUCAGACUGGGCAAUGUCAUGCUUCAAGGGGCAGGCUGUCUACCCAACCAUUUUUGACACCUGCCGCAUCACACGAAAGGGGUAUCUCGCGCUAUCUUGGGUGCGCGGUGUCUUGGAGUUUGAUGGCGAAACGUACGAAAUGGUCAAAUCCCAUGCGGAGUCGGAAGAGUCCCCACCGUCAAUAGAUUGCACCAUCCCAUCGACAUCCAGGCCACUCAACUUGACCCCCGAUUACACCAUAAGCUGGAGAGUUCGCGCAACAGAGAGCGCUCUUGAGCUGGGUUUAUGUCUCGACGGGCCUUCCCUGGAGAUUGUACACAGUCCUUUCAACAUCAUUCAGAACCUAGGAAGCUGCCUUUUUGUUGAAAGAUGUCCCCAUGAUCGAGACACCGAAUUACAGCACGCAGAUCCACCCUAUUUCUACGAUUCACCACUAUCUCUCCAAGUAGGUCAAAGGAGCGGGAUACGUGUUGUUGCUUUGGACGGUGCCAAUGACGUACGAUUCCACUUUCUAGGUGAUAAACGAUUCGCCUAUGAUGGUGUGGUCGUGCGUUUUGACGCUUGUUUGAAGUGCUGUCUUGAUGUCUGUACAGCUGCAAGUCGUGAUAUCCUCGUUUUUUAG